AUGGAAGCCUCCGGAUCCAACAACAACCGAUCUACUGCUGGAGAAAUCAUCUCGAAUGCUUCCCAUGACAUAUUCGAGUUUUCCAAUAUGGAAAUUGAGAAUGCUGAUUCGAAAAAGGCAGUUAUCAAACAAUCAACUACUAACGAGUUUCGUGAAGGAUCAAAGCUUCUCGGGGAAACAGAAAAUAUGGAACGGAAAGAUGAAGACGAAAUUCCGCUUAUGACAUUCCAUGAUAGAUAUCAAGACGGCUUCAGAUUUCCAGGUCAAAUAGAUCAAGUGGAUCAAAGUAUUGGUCAAAAAGGUGACCCGAGUUUAAAUGAUGUGCGACCCCAUUUGACUUCAGCGUGGGGGGCUGCGGGUGAGCAACAACGCAAAGCUCGACAAGAGCUACAUGAAAGAGAUCACAAUGCAGUCGAGUACAGCAAAUCGCUUUUAGAUGAAGGCGAUACUCUGGUGUACGUCUCAUAUCCUGGAGGCAUUACUUUCUACGACUCCAGGGGAGAACCACAACCAUACAAAAUUUAUCGAGCAAGUAGCGACAAAUUAAAAGCUCUUGGUUCAACCAAAUUCUCUCGGAUGUUCGAAGAACGGCCACAAUAUUGGGUGAGAAAAAGAAAGGGCCUUCUACAUUAUCUUCCAGAAAAUAUCAGAUAUGUGAUUGAUCUUACACCACUAGAAGAAGGUGACGAGGCAGUCGAAUUGGUAUCAGAGUUAUCCUGCUCUCCAGGAAUCAGGAAUUGGUACUUGGCUGAAAAGCGAUGUGGCGUCGAAAAGCAUCUGGUUGCCGGUGAUGAUGAUAUUCCUGGACCUGCCAUUGUACCAGCUAAAACUGCCGAACAGUUUGGAUUAAAAGUCCCGGUAGACGGAUACAUAACCUUCCUUGCUUCACAGUCGAGAAUGAACUCGUCUGUCAACGAUAAAUUUGUCUUUACAUCUUUGGGUCGUACGAACCCUAAAGAGGAUACUUUUGUUGAUGGUAAGUCUGUCCAAGAUUCCAAUAUGCAGAGAGCGAUUAAGAAUAGCUUGGAGGAUAGUCAUUUGUUUAUUGGGCCUUCGGGAAAUGCCCCGGUGGGAACUGCUCAUGAUGACUCUACCGAGGUAGCGGGGUCAAAGAAAAAGGUUCUAGAUUAUUGUCCGAUCCGUCAUCGAUUUGGAGUCGAAAAUCUUCUUAGGAUCAUUCAAGGUAAAGCACCUAAACUGGAUUCGGCGCCUAAAGUAUGGACACUAUUUGUUUUGGCAAAGUAUUAUGAGUGUACAAGUGUUGUGAUUGACUACAUAACCUCAUGGAUCAUGAAUGGAAACAAUAUCAAAUUCCUCGAAGUUCUUCCCGAAGCCAGUAUAAACUUUGGGCUUGGAUUAAAAUCACCCAUGAUUACAAGAGCUGCGUUCUCAAUUCUUGUUUCUGAAGAAGCGCUCAAUGUGGCUUCAAGAACUUUUUGUGAAGGUCUUGGUAGGCGAGCAGACUACAAGUAUCUUCGACCUCGUGAAGAGCUUGAUGAAGAUUUAUGGAACGUUAUUCAACAUGCCAGUCAAGACUUCUGUGAUCGUGUUCAAAAAACAAUUACCGAUUUGUUGGAUGAAAGAAUGGCAUGGUUUUUGAAACUUCCAGAGUACAGGAAAAUUUGCAAGUUUGAAGACUAUUGCUAUAAGAAAAAAGAUAAGAGCAAGAAAGACGAAGCCAUAUACGAGAGAAGAAAGACGGUUAUUCAGCAGUUACUCGUCAAUCUUCGUCGAUUUGUUCGAGGGAAAAUUAUUACUUGUCUGAAUCAAGGACUAGAAGUCUUUGAGAUCACUAUGGCAAGUAAAAGUCAACGCGAAGCCCAAUGGGAAUUGCAUGCAUCUUCAGGAGUCGAAUCGAUUGAGGGUCCAGAUCCAAAUUACAUUUACAACGGUCUUGGUGAUCGUGAAAGAGUCUUGCUACCACAUUUCUGGCGUCGUCUUCGAGAUGUCUUUUGGGAGGAUGAUUUUCAGAGCCCUAAACUUAACUUAUAUGAUCCGCAGCUAAUUCGCUCAGGCAAAAGUCUUGUGGACAGAGAUGAUAUCCGCCUGAUAAAUACUUGCGACCUGGAGAUCUAUGCCAACGACUUUAAUCGUGAAGUGAGCCUUGCGAUUAAUAAGGAGAAUUACAAUCCAUCGUCACCCUCGAACCCGUUACCUGCUAUCUCACCAGCUGAAACGAAGAGCCUGGAUGAAGACAAACCUAAUUAUGCAUUUAUGAGUGCAUAUAACCAAGACCAUGCAUAUCAUCAGGCACGUCUAUCGGGAAUCAGAGCAUUAGAACUUGAGCUUGCCGAAUUUGAUGAGAAAACAGAUGAUACAGCAUCAAAAUACUCCGUCUCAACUGACGCUUCGACUAAACCAUCACUCAAUCUACCUUUUCGCUCGAAAGGGAAUAAAUUUGCGGUCGAAAACAGAAAGAAUGAAUAUGAUCUUAAUGCUCAACCGGGACCUUCAACCAAGGCAAAAGAGAAGUCGAAGAAAUCUGCACCAAAGGUUCUCGAGAACUUCUUGCAGCAUAUGGGACAAAAAUCACUUGAUGAUUAUAAAUCAUACAGGGCCGCUCCACUCAUAGGUGUCUCACACCCAAAUAUGGACACUGGUUCUGCUAUGCUAUCGAAAGAUAUCCCAAACUUUACCUUCGCCAAUACAUCCACACCCUUCUCCGCCAACUCCAACCCUUAUCAGCUAAGCGAAUCUCCUCACAAUUUCAAACUCUGUUGUUUCCUCGACGAACUAAAAGCUUACACGGACCAUAUUUGUCACUCCAUACUCUCUAAAUCAGACGGAUCGGAAAACAACAUGUUGACAGAUACAUUGCUUUGUUUGACCGAUAAGGAAUGGCAGUAUUUACCGCUUUGGGCAGGAGGGAAUGAUGAUGGCAGUGGUGGUGUGACGAGCGCGGACGUACCACCCGAUUAUUAUUCUAAUGUGGGAGGAUUGACACCGGGAGUUAUGUAUAAAGGGUCUAGGGGAUUUGUGGGGGUGGGGACAGGAAUGGGAAGUGAGAGGAAUAGUAGUCUGGAUGUUAAGAAUGGGAGUGCGAGGACUGAGACAGAAACGGGAGCUGGGAGUCAAGCAGGGAGUCAGAUUAGUAUAUCGAGUGAUGAUGACAGUGGAAGUGAUACGGGAAGUGUUUUCUCGACAGGAAGUUAUGAUAUGGCUGCUAUUACGCCCACGGGAAGUGGAAGUGAAAGUGAUUUCGAAAUUGUUAGUUCUGGAGAAGAUGAAGGGGUAGAGAGUGGUGAUGAUUUUACGAUUGAUGGGGAUAGUGUUAGUAUUAGUGAGAGGGAGAUGUCGGAUGGUGAAUUUGAUGAGGAUGAUAGGGAUAGUGAGAAGGGAAAGGGGAAGGGAAAAGAGAUAAAGGAUGAGAUGAUGGAUGAAGAUGGGGGUGAUGGAGAAGAUGAUAUGGAUUGGACGGAUCAGGAAGAUUUGGUAGUGGAAGAUGAUUGGGAGGGUUCUUUUACUGAUUUGUAG